AAAGUUUAUCUCUUUUGCACCAGAUUUAUAAUUGAUUGUACAAACCUGGUUUCCCGGAGGCUCAGAAAUCGAGACUUCUGAGGUCCUUCGCGUUUUCGUUUGUGAGCUCUCACCAUUUGUACGUAGUAGAGCCUGUGUAAUUCCACGUUGCAUUGAUAUUACAUGAGAUCAUUCACUAUAUAUAACAGAGUACUUGGGGAGGUGAAAGUGAAAACUGAUCAAAACAGAGCAAAACAGAGCCAUCGUAUUUUGUAUAAUGGAGGUGGCAUUCAAUUUCUGAAACCUCCCUUCCUUCACUUUGCAUUGUCUUGCUCUCAAGGUUUCACACACUAAGAAAGCCGCUGUGUUUUUGCGGCUCUGCUCUUAAUCACAAGUCUCUCAUCUCAAUCACCACCCUCUUCUGAAAAAUGGCCAGCUCUCAAAACUGGGUUUGUUGGCACAGAAAUAGACACAUAAUCAUUCCCAUCCUACUAGUUUUGGUUUCAAGCUUCAGUACCCACUUCAGUUUCAUAGCACAAGCUACUAGACCAAUUCCAACCAAGCUACCUGAAGCAACUACAGGAGGCAAUGUUUUGAACGAGGAAAAUGCUGGCGGAAAGGAAAGGGUCAACGCUCGUCAAAUUGGGUCAAGGCCGCCGCAAUGCCAGAGGCGGUGCGGUGGUUGCGGGCAUUGUGUGGCGGUGCAGGUCCCGGUGGCUCCCCAAGUUCAACAAAGCCACAACAAUGGAGCAAAACGCAGCAGCAGCUCUGCUUCUUCUACUAGAAAAACAAGCCCCAAGAGCACUGCUUAUUCCAGAGGAGGCGACGAGUUGUCGAAUUACAAGCCCAUAAGCUGGAGAUGCAAGUGUGGAGAUUUGUUCUUCAAUCCCUGAUGUAGUGUUGAUUACUAUUUUUGAUUUAGUUUAUAAAUAACUAUUAUGAAUUGUUAGGAAUAUUUUUGGACACUCUCUGCUUCAGUGUGUAUUUUUUUUUUUUUUUUUUUUUGGAUAUAAGUGUGUAUGUUUUUGUCGUAAACUGAAAUUCAUGAUAUUAUUUAAUGCAGGUAAAAAAACAGUGAGAGAAGACAAUAUUUCAUUUCA